UGCGCAACUGUGUCAACAGGUUCUUUACCAGCAUAACAAAAAAGAAGCACAACUUCGAGACCAUGGCCAACAAUGACGACAUGGAGAUGACGGACGCGAUCGCGCCAGCAUCGCCGUCACCAGAGGCGAGCGACAAUAACGCGUCGGUCGACGUGCCGGCGACUCACCCACCAAUCUACGCGAGAAUGAAGUCCACACGCCGAAAGGGCAAGCCAACGCCGCGUCCCAAAAUCGGAUCAAUCUUCAAGAAAUCAGGGUCGAUCCAAGAACCAGAUGAAGACACUGCACCGCCGCCUGUCGACCCCCGGUUCGCCGUCGAGACGCCAUUCCGCCCAGUAACAGGUGGUUUCAAAAUGCCGCUUCGUCCACUUCAGCCAAACUUCUUGGUGAAGACGCCUCUCCCUGCGCCAACAACGAGCACACAAGUGUAUUCCAACGAAGCUCAGGUGUAUCACGCGCGUCACGCGUCGCUCCUGGAGGACCACGAAAAUCAGCGAUACCACCAGUGUGAGCAAGGAUGUCUUGCGCUCCUUCUCGAGCCACGCGUUCCCCACUACACGCGAAUUCAAGUUCUCCAGCUCUUGGCUACUAUCUGGGCGCCUUCCGGUGCCGAGAGGCUUCUUCACGAAGCUGAAGAGAUGUUGGAUGCCAUGGACGGCACGCUAGUUCGUGUGAAGCUGCUUAAAGACGACAACACGCGCAUGCUAGCAGACCUCAACACUUGGCGUGCAAAGCAUGGUCUUGUCGGUGACCUCGAAGAAGCGCUGGAAGACCAGCCGGAAGGAGCCUUUGGUGAAGAUCAAGCACCGGUCGCGUCGUACUACGACUUGGAUCACGCGAUCCAGGACAACUUGGACGAGGAGCUGGACGAUGGGUUGGCACACGUGGGAGGUCUGCUACGAGAAGCUGUGAGGACGGGAAUCUGCAAUGGAAGUUCGAGGGUCUGCGGUGUUGCGAUGCCAAGCAUGGCCCGUGCUGGUUGA